AUGAAUAUCAAGUUUGUUUACUAACAAAGGACUCAUAAGAUAUCCUCAAAAUAUCAAACAUUGGCUGAAAUAAGAACUGCGAUGUAAAAUAUCUAUCCAAAUGAACUUUCUUAAGGAUUCUCUCUGUAUGUGACUUUGGAUUAAACCCAAAGUCCUUAUGAAAUUCAGGAUGAGUAGUUUUUCAAAAGGAUUAAGGACUUAUAUGGUCACCUGGGAUGGCAAUCAAUUAAGUUUCUUGUCAAAGAUGUAAACUUUCCUGUUCUGACUACAGAUGAGAUCAACACACUCAAUCAAAGUGUAGUAAUAAAAUCGAAUGUGUAAUUGAAAUAAUUUGACGAUAUCUUAUUGAAAAAAGCAGCAGAUAAACCCCAACCUUAGAAAUAGGAGAUUAAAGAAAGUAAUCCCUAACAUUAACCUUAAUAAACUAAAGUUGCAGACGGAUUUACACAAGAGAUAAUUUAGCAGAUAAAUAUGUUAUCAUUGCAAGAUGUAGAUUGCAAUAGUGAAGAAUUCAAAAAAUUUGUUUUCGAACUAAUUGAUGAGCGAUUAGUGUUUCAUGGAAUCAUUUAAAAUCAAAAGCCAUAACUUUAGUAGGAAUAGCCGAUAAAUCCAAUAUAUAAAAUGCAGGUUUUGUAAAAAUAGAAUAAUCAAAUUCAUAUGGAGAUAGGGAAACCUUAUAAAUGGGAAAUAGUUUUGAAAAAUGAUGGUAACGUCAUUUGGAAAAAAGGAAUAGUAAAGUUAAUUGGCAUAGCUGGAACAUUUAAAGACUUAAAGAUAGAGUUAUAAAACGAUGUUAAACCCUAGGAUACAGGAUUGUUUUAAUGUAUGUUGAAUCCACCAAACUAAAAGGUUAGUAAUGCUAUCAAUGAAUUUAAAUUGGCCCAUUUUUCAAGUAACAAACCUGAAUUUUUUGGACAAAAGGUGUGCUUCUGUUUGUUUGUGAAUAAUCAGGAUGAGAAAAUUAAUAGAACAUCAACAAUAACUUAAAAAGAUGCUCAAUUUGAUACUACCAUUAUAGACUAACAAUUAAAAAAGAUUUCAACUUUAGUAUCUGUUCUGGGAGUUUCUAAUUCUGAGGCGUAACUCUUUGUUCAAUAAAACUAAAACCUAGAUGUAGAACAACUAAUUAAUACCUACUUGGCAAGAAAUAAUUGAUUUAUGAGUAUAUGUAAGCUAACAUUUCACUUUUGGUAAUUAUUUUU